AAGUGGCAUGUGUUGGUGGAGACGGCGUCUGUGGCGGCGGUAACUGGGGCCGGGCGGGAGAGGGUCGUGAGAUCCCGGGAGAACUGGCAGCAAGAUGAAGGUGAAGAUGCUGAGUCGGAACCCCGACCACUAUGUCCGCGAAACCAAAUUGGACUUACACCGAGUUCCAAGAAACUAUGAUCCUACCUUACAUCCUUUUGAGGUCCCACGAGAAUAUAUAAGAGCUUUAAAUGCUACCAAACUGGAACGGGUAUUUGCAAAACCAUUCCUUGCCUCCCUGGAUGGUCACCGAGAUGGAGUCAAUUGCUUGGCAAAGAAUCCAAAGAGCCUGGCUACUGUCCUUUCUGGGGCAUGUGAUGGAGAGGUUAAAAUUUGGAACUUGACCAAACGAAAAUGUAUUCGUACGAUACAAGCACAUGAAGGUUUUGUACGAGGAAUAUGUACUCGCUUUUGUGGGACAUCUUUUUUUACUGUUGGUGAUGACAAAACUGUGAAGCAGUGGAAAAUGGAUGGACCAAGCUGUGGAGAGGAAGAGGAGCCAUUGCAUACAAUAUUAGGAAAGACAGUAUAUACAGGAAUUGAUCAUCACUGGAGAGAAGCUGUUUUUGCCACAUGUGGACAGCAAGUAGACAUUUGGGAUGAACAAAGAACCAAUCCUAUAUGUUCAAUGACUUGGGGAUUUGACAGUAUAAGCAGUGUUAAAUUUAACCCAAUUGAGACAUUUCUCUUGGGAAGUUGUGCUUCUGACAGGAAUAUAGUACUAUAUGAUAUGAGACAAGCUACUCCUCUGAAAAAGGUCAUCCUAGAUAUGAGAACAAAUACAAUUUGCUGGAACCCUAUGGAAGCAUUCAUUUUUACUGCAGCAAACGAGGAUUACAACUUGUAUACUUUUGAUAUGCGCGCCCUGGACACUCCUGUAAUGGUACAUAUGGAUCAUGUGUCUGCAGUGCUUGAUGUGGACUACUCUCCCACUGGGAGAGAGUUUGUGUCAGCCAGUUUUGAUAAAUCUAUUCGAAUCUUUCCUGUGGACAAAAGUAGAAGCAGGGAAGUCUAUCACACAAAGAGAAUGCAGCAUGUUAUCUGUGUAAAAUGGACUGCUGACAGCAAGUACAUUAUGUCUGGAUCUGAUGAAAUGAACAUUCGUCUAUGGAAAGCUAAUGCUUCUGAAAAGUUGGGUGUGCUUACAUCACGAGAAAAAGCAGCCACAGAUUAUAACCAGAAGUUAAAGGAGAAAUUUCAACAUCAUCCUCAUAUAAAACGUAUCUCUCGUCACCGACAUCUGCCAAAAUCUAUCUAUAGCCAGAUUCAGGAACAGCGCAUCAUGAAAGAAGCUCGUCGACGAAAGGAACUGAAUCGUAUCAAACAUAGCAAGCCUGGAUCUGUGCAGAUGGUGUCAGAGAAGAAGAAACACAUAGUGGCAGUUGUGAAAUAAUAUUUGGUAUUCUUACCAAUACUAAUGUAUAAUUAUUUGUUACAUGUUGAUUUGUGAACUUUAUAAAUAAAAGUACUGCCCCUC